AUUACUUUACAAAUAAUAAAGAUUUAUUAUAUUUAAAUGCAUUAUUUAACAUCAACACUCAAUCGUUUACACUUGAAUUACAUCAACAUUCGACAAAUUUCUUUCUUUUUGUUAUCUAAUUUUACUAAAACAACGUCAUUUUUUUAUGGAUUGAAAUUGAAUAUUACAAUAGUGAUACUAUCUUUUCAAUUUUUACUAUCAGUUAUUAUGGAUAAUCUUCCUACCAAUUUAUCUUCACUAUAAUGUCCCGGCCCAUUAUUUGCUUGCAAUAUCCUCUAAAACAUACAUUGAGAUUGAGCUCAAGAACUGAAAGUUUGCUUGCAAUAUCCCUCCUAAGCUGAAAGUUUUCCUUUGACAAGUGUUCCAUCGCAUCCUUCCGACUAGUGAAGCGUUGAUCGAGAAAGGCGUUGUAGUUCAGCCUCGUUGUCCUGUCUGUUGGGCAGAGAAGGAGACAAUGGAGCAUUUGUUCUUCGAUUGCCGGGUAGCCAGGGCCCUUUGGGAUCAGGCAGGGUUGGAGCAUCUUGGUCAAGGAUUGUCACGCCACACCUUCCCCCUGUUCUUGAAAAAGCUGAUGUCCAUUAUUAACCAGCCCCAUCUGUUCAUGGCAGUGGUUGCUGUCCUUUGGCAUAUUUGGCGAUCACGUAAUUGGGUGGUUUUUGAAGGAAAAAAAUUUGGGAUACCAGCUCUGCUGCGGCAAUAUUAUCAGCAAUACCAAGAAUGGGUGAGACUCUCGGUGGACCAGGCUGAGGGUUUGUAUCCUUCUCAACCUCCUCCGGGUACGACCACUAUGGUGCAGUCGGUUACCUGUAUGUGGGAUGGGGCAACCAAGCCUGGGUCUCAUUCGGCGAGAGAGAUCGUGCUUAAAGAUCUCGCUAGGAAUAUUCUGCUGGCUCAUGGUGUGCAGUUUUCGAAUCUCACCCUUUGGUGGCUGAGGUGCUGGCUCUUCGGGAAGCAGUGGCAUGGCGUCUGGAGUUGGGCUUUCAGGAUGCUUGUUUCCAAGGUGACGCUCUGAAUAUCAUUGACAAAGUUACUAGGAGGGAUGCGAAUGAUGUCCAGAUUGGGACUAUUUUGAAAGAGAUCAUUGGGCCCUUGUUUUGUACACAGCUACAAAUCGUUAUUUUGAUUUCCAAGCCUGGCUGAUAUCUAGGGUGUAAUAUCUUUUGAUCCAAUUGAUUAUCUUUUGUAAAAAAAUUGAGCUCAAGAACAGUAGUAGUAUUUGCCUAUUUGGGCUUCGGAUGCUCUAUCGCUGAUGUGAUAAAAUCGAAAACAAAACGAAUAGCGGCCUUUCUUCAAUCCGUCAUCACUCGUCACCCAAUCCAAGCAAACCGGACGACACAGGUAAUCCACCACCAGCCAAUCACCUUCAAUCCUUCCGCCUACGUGUCACCUUCCCCAAUCCAAGAUAACCCCAUUUUCAGAUCACACACUGCACAGAAGAAGAAGCAAGUAUCUGAAUUAUACUAUCCGAAGAAACCAAAAAGCAAACCCACCAUUCACCACACAGCUCGCAUCAUCACCGGCCACCAUGUCAUCCACCGGCGUCGCCACGGCAGCAUUCCGCUCAUCACUCUGCAUCUCAUCGACACCACCAUCUCCUCCCGAUUCACUCCAGCAGCAGCUCAACAACCCACUACCAAGCAGCGCGCAGCUCUCAGCAAAGCCCCAAAACAAGAGCAUCCUCCACAAACACCCACUCUACGCCCCGCUCCUCCACAACAACGUCUCCUCCCAAAUCAAAGAGAAAGUCCUCUGCCUCGAAAUCAUGGGCGUCGACUCCGGCAAAGUCCUCUCCCAAAACCCAACCCUCCACACCGCCUCCCUCGACUCCAUCCACGCCGUCGUCUCCUUCCUCCACUCCAAGGGCAUCCACCACAAGGACUUCCCCCGCAUCUUCGGGAUGUGCCCUCAGAUCCUCACCUCCCACAUCCCCACCGCAAUCUCCCCUGUCUUCUCCUUCCUCAACAAAGACCUCGGCGUCCCCGACAACCAAUUCCGACGAGUAAUCAACAAAUGCCCCCGCCUAUUGACCAGCAGCGUCGCCGAUCAGCUCCGCCCCUGCCUCGAUUACCUCAAAGGAUUAGGGUUCCACGAUCUGGAAUCGCUCGCCUACCAUGACCCCGUGCUGCUGGUCUCCAGCGUGGAGAAUACCCUGGUCCCGAAAUUGAAGUACAUUGAGAGCCUGGGGAUGACGGCGGAGGAGGCGGUGGCGGUGCUGCUCCGGUGUCCGACGAUUUUCACGUUCAGUAUCGAGAACAAUUUGAAGCCCAAGUUCGAGUACUUGGUUGGGCAGAUGGGGAAAGACGGGGCGGAGGAGGUGAAGGAGUUCCCGCAGUACUUUGCGUUUAGCUUGGAGAAUCGAAUCAAGCCCAGACACGUGGAGGUUGUGGAGCGCGGCCUGGAUCUGUCUCUCGCUGUUAUGCUUAAGAGCACCGACGUCCAGUUCAAGUUCCUGCUUAGCGAGGCCCAGGACCAGGCCCAGGCCCAAACUGUGGCAGCAGCUGUUUUGUAAAAUUUUGUACAUUUUUCUCUACAACUUCCUUUGUAAAGCAGAUUCGAUCAAAAUAAAAGCAUUCUUGUUGA